AUGACUAACGAAAUAACAGGAGUCGAGAAGAAAACUGCUAAAGGCAGGUUUAAAAAACCAAAGGAGAAAAACUUCAAAUGUACAGGGUAUCCAGGUUGUGAGAUGUCUUUCUCAAGGGCAGAACAUCUGGCGAGACAUAUAAGGAGGCAUACAGGCGAAAAGCCUUUCAAAUGUGAUAUAUGUUUAAAAUAUUUCAGCAGGAUAGACAAUUUAAAACAGCAUAAGGAUACCGUCCAUGCGAAAGAUAAUGUGAAAAACAACAGCCAGCAUCAUCAAAUUCAUGUUAAUGGAGCCAAAUCAUCUAACAUAACUUUGAAAUAUAGUGACUGGAGGCCUCGUAGUGGGACAUUCUCAGCUGCGAAUGGAGUUGGGAAUGCAGCCGCCGUUUCACGGGAUAGGAAUAAUAAUUUCAAAAGCCGCAAUAAUAAUAUGAAUGGUUCUAACGAAGACAGCAUGGUAUAUCAUCAUUACGAUGGCAACGGUUAUAAAAAUGGCGGAAUCGAUAUGAAAUCUAAUAAGCAGACGAGGAAGUCUAUUCUAAAAGAUGAUAAACGGAAAAGAUCGUACUCUAGUGACAAUUUUUCAACGUCAUCUUCUUCGUCAUCAUCCUCUCCCCCAUCUUCCAAUGGGGAUUCAUGUUUUAGUGCAGGCAUUACUAACAAGAAUAGCAACGGAGGUAGCAGCGGCAGUAGUAGUGCAAGUAGCUAUACUAACAACGGUAAAGGAAAACAUAUGAUUUCUAGCGAAGGGAAUGACUAUGUACAUCAUAAGAAGAAUCACAAUAACAGUAUUAGCAGUGGAAGCAGUAGUAGCAGUAGUAGUAGCAAUGAAACAGCUUUGAAUAAGGAUGAAAAAGGUAAACUUAUUGGAAGCAUAAAUACUAAUAACAAAACAAUAGGCAAUGGUCGUGAUUCGACCUUCAGAAAUGCCGCUAUAGGAGGUUCUUCGAUGGCGAACUUACUGCCGAAUAACAGUAACAAUGAGGGAAAUACCAGAUAUGGAAAAUAUUGGUCACCUCCUGUCAUGAUGGGACCCAACAAAUAUGAUGGUUCUAAUGCAGAAAAUAGUGGCUUUACAAUUUACAAAAAUUUUCCUUCAGAGAGAAAUCAGAGAUAUAAGGAAUCAUUUUCAAGGAGAAAUUGGUUCAGUGAAGGUUCUCAGACGGUAGCACAGCUUCCUAGUGUUGUUUAUAAUGGGAGAGAUGGUCAAAAUAAUGAUUAUUACUCAAAAGUAGCACCACCCUUGUUUUCGGGAAACAUGAAUAACCUUCCUCAUAUCACUGAUUUUUAUAAAGGUAAGAGUGAUAGUGCUGAGCCUUACAGGAAGAGCAUUAAUGGAAGAAGAUUUAGUGCUCCUUAUGUGCAUGACAGGUUACAUUUGCAACCAAAUCUAUCAAAGCAACUCUCUACACCUGGCUCAGAAGAGCAGACUAGAGGAUCUGCUAUAAAUGUACAGAAGACAAUGGAAAGCCCUCCAUACUUAAUUCCUGUGAAUAACGAGCCGCUCAUGGUUUCUUCUUUUUCUGGACAGAAUAUGUCUGGUAGUAAUAACAAUAGCAUGAAUGUCCAUAGCAAUGGCUGUGGUCCUUUGUCUGGUGCACCAUCGACUAUGAUCACAACAACAGCAACAGUGACACCACAAGAUGGUCAGCAGGUUGAUCCUGCUCAAACUCUAAAUGAAAAUGAGGAUAUAGUUAUGAAAGACCAUGUUCAACGAGAUGAAUUACAGAUGGCAAAACCAGUUAUUAUAAAGAACAAUAAUGGUACAACUUUUGCUAGAGGCAAUAGAUUACCACCGUUACAAAGCUUUUCUAGGACGGAUACGAUGAGCAACCCAUAUUAA